AUGCUUGAAGCCCGUCUCCAACAAGCCAAACUUCUCAAGUCUCUCCUUGAAGCUGUCAGAGAACUCGUGACAGAAUGUAAUUUUGAAUGUAAUGAUAGCGGUAUUGCACUUCAAGCCAUGGAUAACUCUCACGUUGCCUUGGUUGCUAUGCUUUUGCGUUCCGAUGGUUUCGAUCCUUACCGUUGUGACCGUAACUUACCCUUGGGUAUCAACUUGGCUAGUUUGAGUAAGAUUUUAAAGUGUGCUCGUAACGAUGAUAUCUUGACCAUCAAGGCUGAUGAUAACGGUGAUGUAUUGAGCUUGGUUUUCGAGAGCAAAGACAGUGAAAAGAUUAGUGAAUAUGAUCUCAAGUUGAUGGAUAUUGAUAGUGAGCAUUUGGGUAUUCCCGAGACUUCUUAUGAAGCUGUUGUCUCUAUGUCAUCUGUCAGAUUCGCAGAAAUCGUUCGUGAUUUACAAGGUCUUAGUGAUUCUGUUAAUAUUGAAUGUACAAAGGAAGGCAUCAAGUUCUCUGCUGAUGGUGAGAUUGGUAAGGGUUCCAUCACUUUGAAGGCCAACAGCACUGUCGAUAAAGACGAUGAUGCCACCAUCAUUGAACUUCAACAAAGUGUUUCCAUGACCUUCUCCAUCAAAUACCUCGUCAACUUCACAAAAGCCACACCUCUCUCAACUCGUGUCACCUUGAACUUAUCAGCAGAGGUUCCUCUCUUGGUUGAUUACAAGCUCGACAACUUGGGUUAUGUUAGAUAUUAUUUGGCUCCCAAGAUUGGUGAUGAAAACUAA